AUGAAGAACUUUCCUGAGGCUACCAUUUCCACUACCAAGGAUGUUGGCGAUGUUGAGAAUGCAGGCGCACGCAAUCACACCAAGCGCGGUCUUUCCAGCAGACAGGUUCAAUUCCUUGCUCUUGGUGGUGCCAUUGGUACUGGACUGUUUGUCGGCUCUGGUGCCACUUUGAGUGCUGUCGGCCCUGCGCCGUUGCUCAUGGGCUACAUCGUCAUGUCAUUUGUCGUCUACGGUGUCAUGAAUGUCCUGGCCGAAAUGACGACCUACCUGCCUCUGGAGGGUCUGUCCGUGCCAUACUUUGUCAACCGCUUCGUGGAUCCCAGUCUCGCUUUCGCCAUGGGCUGGAACUACUGGUACACAUUCGCCAUGUUGCUCGCCGCAGAAGUCACCGCCGCUGCCAUCAUCAUCCAAUACUGGACCGAGGCUGUACCCGUUGCUGUCUGGAUCGCCAUUGUCCUUCUCGUGAUUCUCGCCCUAAACAUCAUUGCUGUCUCCUUCUUCGGUGAAGCAGAGUUCUGGUUUGCUUCCAUCAAAAUUCUGGCCAUCCUGGGCCUCAUUGUGCUUGGAGUUGUGCUCUUCUUCGGUGGAGGUCCGAAUCAUGAUCGCCUGGGCUUCAGAUACUGGAAUGAGCCUGGCGCCUUUAACCCCUUUAUUGCCAAGGGCAACAGUGGCAAGUUCCUUGCUUUCUGGUACGCCUUCAUCAAAUCUGGAUUCGCCUUCAUCAUGAGUCCUGAACUGGUGGUCACCGCAGCUGGAGAAGCCGAAGCUCCCAGACGCAACAUUCCCAAAGCCGCCAACAGAUUUAUCUACCGUUUGUUCGCCUUCUACGUUCUCGGUACCCUCGUCAUCGGCGUAACAGUAUCCUACAACGACCCAUCCCUCCUUUCCGCCAUCAAUGACGGCGCCCAUGGCGCCGGUGCCUCUCCCUUCGUCAUUGCCAUCCAAAACGCAGGCAUCAAAGGUCUUAAUCACGUCAUCAAUGCCGCCAUCCUGACAUCCGCAUGGUCUUCCGGAAACGCCUGGCUGUUCUCUGGAUCAAGAAUGCUUUACUCCCUCGCACUUACCGAACAAGCGCCGAAAAUAUUUCUCAAGUGUAACAAGAAGGGCGUACCUUGGGUCGCCGUACUAUUCACCUUUGCCAUCGGCUGUCUCGCUUUCCUCAACGUCAGCAACAGCGGUGCCAACGUGUUCAACUGGUUCACAAACAUCACCACAAUCUCCGGUUUCAUCGCCUGGAUCGUCGUGCUGAUAACCUACCUCCGCUUCCGCCGCGCAAUGAUCUUCCACAACGCUCUCUCCUCCCUCCCCUUCCGCACACCUCUUCAACCAUACUCCGCUUGGUUUUCACUAAUCAUCAUGGUUUUGGUGACACUGACAAAUGGCUUUUACGUCUUUGUGCCCAGCAGGUGGGAUAUUUCAGACUUCUUGGUUUGUUACAUCACCAUUCCUAUUUUCUUGGUGCUUUGGUUUGGGCACAAGGUGUGGAGUCGGAAUUGGAAGUGGUGGAUCGCGAUCGAGGAGGUGGAUGUGUGGAGUGGAAAGGACAUUGCUGAUGCGGAGGAGGCGGAAUAUGAAAUCAGGGAGCCUAGAAAUGUUGCCGAGAAGAUUUGGUUUUGGGUCGUGUGAGGCGAGAGGCUCGCGAACAGUAUUUUAUGUAUUAGAGUGGAGGGAGAAGUACAUUG